AUGUUUUACAUACUUGGCUUCGUGUUGAUAUAUCUGAUCCUGCGGAUCUCGCGGCACAUUCUUGUACGAGUGGUUUUCAAGUCACCCCUGGAUAAUGUUCCUGGCCCGCCCGCACUCUCAUUUGCCAACGGUAACAUUCCACAGCUAUACGACCGCAAUGGCUGGGACUUCAUCAAAGACCUAAAUGAAAAAUAUGACGGCGUCGUCAAGAUCCAUGGAUCAUACGGUAGCAAGCAGCUGUUUGUGUUUGACCCAGUAGCCUUGUCUAGUGUCGUUAUCAAGGACCAAUACAUUUAUGAACGCAGUGAUGAGACGAUGAUGAGUACUCAUCUCCUGGUGGGUGACGGCCUCAUCACCUCACAAGGGGAGCGCCACCGCAAACAGCGCAAGCUCAUGAAUCCUGUCUUCUCCGUCGGUCACAUGCGAGAGAUGAUGCCGAUAUUCUACAGGAUUACACACGAUCUUCCGGACGCCAUCGCAUCCCGUGUAGACAGUGGAGCGCAAGACAUCGAUAUUCUUGACUGGAUGGCUCGUACAGCGCUCGAACUUGUCGGACAAGCCGGCCUUGGAUACUCUUUUGAUCCACUCAUUCGAGACAAGGCCGAUGCGUACGCAGAGGCCCUCAAGGCACUGAUGUAUGUUCAAUCGUUCCUCUCCGUCGAAUAUGCGGCACAUAUCCUCGAACUGAUCCCGAGUACGCGUCUGCAACGCAUGAGGGAGAUUAGCGAUGCAAUGGAUGCCCAUUCGAAGCGUAUCUUUGAGCAGAAGAAGCAGGCAUUGGCCCAAGGCGAUGAGGCUGUGCUCAAUCAAGUGGGUGAAGGCAAAGAUAUUCUCAGUAGACUGAUGCAAGCGAACAUGGCUGCGUCCGAAGAAGAUCGCCUCUCAGAGAAUGAGCUGUUGGGUCAAAUGUCGACUUUCAUCUUCGCCGCCAUGGAUACUACCUCCGGCGCUCUCGCUCAUACACUGCAGCUACUUUCAGAACGCCCCGACGUGCAGGACAAGUUGCGAGCAGAGAUUCUGGAGGCUCAGGGCGGCGAGCAGGAGAUCCCAUAUGACACAUUGGUCGACCUGCCGUAUCUCGACGCCGUCUGCCGCGAAACGCUUCGACUUCAUGCUCCUGUCACUAUUGUCAACAGAAAAACUCGGGAAGACGUUGUGAUGCCACUCUCCCAGCCUAUCCGCGGCACGGAUGGUACUUAUAUGAGCGAGAUUCCUGUGCCUAAAGGAACGGAAGUGAUCGUCGGUAUCCUUGCGUCCAACAGAAACCCAGUGUUGUGGGGUCCUGAUGCAGCUGUGUGGAAGCCCGAGCGCUGGCUUGCCCCUCUGCCAGAUACUGUCAAUGCAGCGCGCGUUCCAGGAGUGUAUUCGCACUUGAUGACCUUCCUAGGUGGUGGCAGUGCCUGCAUCGGAUUCAAGUUCUCUCAGACGGAGAUGAAGGUUGUCUUGGCCGUGCUGCUUUCGUCGUUCACGUUUUCGCUAUCCACCAAGGACAUUGUCUGGAACUCGGCAGAAAUCCAGUAUCCGACAAUAGGUGCGAGUAGCAAACCCGAAAUGCCCAUGAAGAUCGAUCGGAUCAAGAGCAUGUAA